AUGGAUUGGCAAGAACUAACAGAGGAAGAAGCAGAUCCCAUUCUUGAUAGUCGAGCAAACCAGAAAGGAAAAGGAAUAGCAACUAAAGAGCCCGAAGAGGAUGUUGAGCUCGUAUCCCUUCAUCCUGACAAGCGAGAGAGAAAAGGGCAGAUCAGCCCGCACCUAAUCCUAGAAGAGAAGAUGGAGCUUAUAGCCUUCCUCUAG